UGACGAAGCUGGUGGAGCCUGAAAAGCUUGCACGUACAGCUAUUUCGCCCCAUAUGGCGCUAACCGACAAGACUUACGACGACUACUACGCCGUUGAUACGAAACGACAACGAUUCGGCAUCCACAAAGUCGAUGUGUAAGCACUGUGUUGUUGGCGCUGCCGCCUCUCGUUGGUAUCACUAGUGUUUGCUGUUGCUGCUGCCACCGAGACGGACUGUGGCGCUUUUGGGAUCCGCUGUACGAGUCAGUUGUCUGUUCGCAUCCAACUAGAAAGCAAGUAGUUUCUGUACUAGAGUUUCUUCGGUAAGAAGCCACGAGGUCGUUCGCUGCGUUAGCAAUUUUGUUGUGCUUUCAGAAGCUGCUUAAUAUUGAAACAUAAAUAACAAAUUUAUACAACACAGUGCAUCUAAAAAGUUAUACUUAGUACAAACAUAUAAUUUAUUAAACACCAUAUAUUUUAUUUAUUCGGAAAAGAAGCUAAAUCAGUUCAACGUGUAAACGCGGCGCAGAAACUUAUGAACACGAGCAAUCAGGCCAGCAUCUAGAGCACAUUCAAUCCAUAGAAGAAUAAAAGAAGCGCUAGAAUAAUAUGCUGAUUUGCGCAUGAGGCAGUAAUUGAAUGAGUUUGGCGUUGAGAAAAAUUAAUUGUGUUUGAAAGGCCUAAAAUAGAGUAUCACACGUGUUUUGGUUCUGUGUGACCAUUCAAAAGUGACAACAGACAACAAUAAAACACCAGAGUGACAGUGUUAAGUAACAUAGUAAAAUAAGGUAAACAAAAAUACGUGGAAAAGUGUGUUCAGGUGCGGUAAGUUUGUCGAUAAAGAAAAGUGAAAAGUGUAGCAGAGUGAAAAAAUCGUGGUAUUGAAAGUGAACGUUUAAGUUGGGAUAGAGUUAGAGAGCAAGAUAAAGAUAUACAGAGAGAGAGAGAGAGAGAGCGCAAACGAGCAAAAACAAAAUAAAUAUCUGUAUGUAUUAUAAUCCCGGCCAAAACUGCUCUGUAACGAUAAACUACAAGAUUUUGCAACAACAUUGUGUCAGUAAAAAACAUAAGAAAUCCAACAACUGCAGGAAGAUCACUGUGUCGAAGGUGAAUCUGAUAACUUCGUCGCUCUAACUAGAACUUUUAAAAUCACAAGUAUUUUCACAUACGCCAAAAUUGCUCAAACAAUUUUCUAUCCGACUUGUUACAUCAAUUCCGCAAAACUGCACCUAAUAAACGAUCCGUUUACCAUAAUGGAGGGCUUCGUGCAUGACUGGCCCACGCCACCGCCCACAGAUAUUCCCCUGCAUAUGGAUCUAGUCACCGAACUACAGGGCGAUGGUGGUUUUGAGCCGCAAACUCGUGCCAGAUCGAAUACCUGGCCAUGUCCACGGCCAGAACAAUUUGUGGAGCCAUCAGACGAUUUGGACAGCACGAAAGCGAGUAAUCAACAGCUGGCGGGCGGAGAUUCGCAGCAAGCUGUGCAAAAUAUUAACACAGCAAAAAAAAACUCGUCGCGUCGUAAUGCGUGGGGAAAUUUAUCGUAUGCGGAUCUUAUAACGCACGCUAUCGGUUCGGCGCCCGACAAACGGCUCACUUUGAGCCAAAUCUACGAAUGGAUGGUGCAGAAUGUGCCAUAUUUCAAGGAUAAGGGUGAUUCGAAUAGCAGCGCUGGUUGGAAGAAUUCCAUUCGCCACAAUCUUUCGUUGCACAAUCGUUUUAUGCGAGUCCAAAAUGAGGGUACUGGUAAAUCGUCUUGGUGGAUGCUCAAUCCCGAUGCGAAACCGGGUAAGUCAGUGCGACGGCGCGCAGCCUCGAUGGAAACGUCGCGCUAUGAGAAACGUCGGGGGCGUGCCAAAAAACGCGUGGAAGCCUUACGUCAAGCGGGUGUAACGGGUCUCGUUGAUGCGACACCAUCGCCCAGCAGUAGUGUGAGCGAAGGUUUGGAUCACUUCUCGGAGAGUCCAUUGCACAGUGGUAAUUUCCAAUUGUCGCCGGACUUUCGACAACGCGCCUCAUCGAAUGCCAGUUCCUGCGGACGUCUCAGUCCCAUACCAGCACUCAUAGGACUUGAACCCGAUUGGAGUUUCGGUACUGACUACACAAAUACAAACAUAACGUCUGCACAGUCAGCGUCAAUGGAUCAAUUAGCUGGUUCAAUAGCGGAGGUUAAGUUGCCAAAGGAUAUUCUGCAAGGGUUCAGUGCUGCCUCGGGCAUUCCCACGCAACCGCCGCCGCCCUAUCAAGCGCCACAGAGGUAUAACCUAAACGGGGCCGUCGUCACACAGGGCUACAGCUUGCAGGCUCAACAAUGUCUGUUGCAUCGUUCACUGACGUGCAGCUGUUUGCACAAUUCACGCGACGGUCUGUCGCCCAAUUCCGUCGCCACAACAAUGUCACCCGCCUAUCCGAAUAGUGAACCGUCGUCGGACUCAUUGAAUACAUACAGUAAUGUGGUCUUAGAUGCGGGCAGCACAGCUGGCGUUGCGAAUGAUAAUGGCACUAGCUUAAUGGUUCAACAGCAACAACAACAACAACAACAACAACAGCAACAACGGCACCAACAACAGCAACAGCAAGUGCAGAAACAGCAGCAGCAGCAAUCACUUAGCACAAAUUUGGAAGACAAUAAUUGCGCAUCAACGCUCAUCGGACAAUGCAUGGAGGCACUCAACAAUGAGCCACAAAUUGACGAAUUUACAUUAGACAGCUUUCAACCUGGCCUAGAAUGCAAUCUGGAGGAAUUAAUCCGACAGGAGAUGAGCAUUGACGGCUUGUUGGAUAUCAAUAUCCCAUUCCCAGCUGACCCCUCAACUGUUACCAAUGACAGUACUAAUAUCGUUAAUAGCGCCCUCGGCGUGGCGAAUAAUGCGCAGCAUCAACAACAACAACAGCAGCAGCAAAUGAAUCAGUUGCAAACGCAGUUACCCCAGCAACAGCAGGCCCAACUGAUGCCAUCGCUGCUUAAUAGUAUCGCUAGCAAUAAUAACAACAACAAUAAUAAUAGUAAUACGCUAGAGCUGCCAUCCACCACACAAACGCAAACAAAUUUGAACGUGCGCGUACAAUACUCUCAAGCGAGCGUUGUAACAGCACCAUCUUGGGUGCAUUAGAGGAACGAGUGAGCGAGCGAGCGAGCGAGUAGGAGUAAUAACAAUAGUAAAAACAUUAUUAGCUAAAUAAAGUGGUAAUCUAAGAAAUGAGUUUGUAUGCACCUGUAAAAAUAAGAGAAAUGUAAUAUGAGUAGUCGGUUGCGAAUGCGAAUACCCGGCGACAGUGGUGGCGCAGCUUGACUGUCUGAAGAUGAUACGAUUUGAAAUUGGGUGCACGGGUUUUUGUGCGCCACAUGCCGGGGCAAUUUGUAGCACAUUGCUAAUUCUACAUACAAAUAUUAUAUAUGUGUACUACAUGCAUACAUAGCUGAUAAUAGUUGAUGAAAUGAGUUAACCUAUAUCUAUACAUAUACCUACAUACAUACAUACGUGUAAGAAUAAUGCCAACGAUUUGCUUUCUACCUUCAACCCACAAGAGAAAUCAAAGAAAAAAGAAAACAAAUCUAAUCAAGAUGAAAUAAUUGUCAUAUGGAAUAAAAUGAAGAGUUGGAUGGCAAAGAAACAAAAGUAAACAAACAAAGCGAAGCACAAGUUUGUGUUUAAUAAACAAGGACAAUAGCGACGGAGCAUUAGUUAAGUAACUGCAACAAUAAAUGCAAGCAGUAGACAACACAACCCCAGUUUAGAAAGUUAUUUAGCUGGCUCUAAAGUCGAUAGCAAACAACAAAUCUAAUAGGAUUAUAUAAAAACUUAGUUAAAGUUAGAUAUAAUCAGUUGUAAGCGAGUUGUACAUACAAAUCUGCAAAGUAAUUGUAACAGCGAUUGUAAAUAAGCAUGCGGAUGGCAAAUAUAAAAAAAGCAAAAAUGUUUGUUUGAAUUAAAGAAAUUAUGCAAAAAAAUUUCUACACAUAAAAUAAAACUAAAAAAAAUUAAAUAAAAUGUUAACAAAUGCUAAAUAAAUAUGGAACAAUAAAAUCCUUAAAUAAUUCUUAUACGUAAUAUAAAAUAAAAAGCAAAAUGUUAUGAAUAAAAAAUUUAAUUUUUUAUUUUGUUUUGCUUACUAGUUCGUUAAUAAUUGAAAUAAUGUAAAUCUUAAAUACUAGGCAUGUAAUAUCGAGCGAAAGUGUAAAUUGGCUUAAGUUGAAAAAUAUGUUUUGUUAAUGUACAACAUUAACAUAUUACGUAAGGUAAGAAAAAUUUAUAGAAAAAAAAUAUUAUAUAUGGAUGUACGUAAACAAACACCGAUAUACAUUUGUAGCAACGAUACAAUAACUUUAAUUGUUAAAUAAAUCAAAAAAUGGUUAGAUGUGUUUA